AUUAUAUUAUCAAGUGCUUUCACCUACACAUAUAAAUAAGGCUUUUCGCAAGUCGCCGGUUUCAGUUUUAUUUACGCUUCGAAAGUAAGAAAGUGCCCAGUGCUAUUAGUCAUUGCAAUUACGACAUAACGUUUAAAGAAUGAGUCUCAGGCAGUUUCAGAACAUUUCCCGCCAGGCCCUCAGGUGCUACUCCAUGAGGCGGACCAUGGGCCCCGUCCUCGAGCUGAGCCGGGGUCAGAGGCAGUGCCUCCGCCUCUGCACCGUUCUGCUUCCCGUGAGCUGUGCGGCCACGCCCUCCUCCGCCGCCGCCUCCUCCCCAGCCGCCCGGCACUCCACAGCAGCUGCCAUCGACAUGUCUGCUAACGGAGAUUACAAGAACGCCGCCUCGAUCUACGAGUUCACCGUGAAGGACACCCAUGGCAACGAUAUUUCGCUGGAAAAGUACAAGGGCAAGGUGGUCCUGGUGGUGAACAUCGCCUCCAAGUGCGGCCUGACCAAGAACAACUACCAGAAGCUGACUGAUCUGAAGGAGAAGUACGGCGAGCGCGGCCUGGUGAUCCUCAACUUCCCGUGCAAUCAGUUCGGUUCCCAGAUGCCGGAGGCCGAUGGCGAGGCCAUGGUGUGCCAUCUGCGCGACUCCAAGGCCGACAUCGGCGAGGUGUUCGCCAAGAUCGACGUGAAUGGAGACGAUGCUGCGCCGCUGUACAAGUACCUGAAGGCCAAGCAGACCGGCACUUUGGGCAGCGGAAUCAAGUGGAACUUCACCAAGUUCCUGGUGAACAAGGAGGGCAUUCCCAUCAACCGAUAUGCGCCCACCACCGAUCCCAUGGACAUCGCCAAGGACAUUGAGAAGCUGCUGUAGAUGUGCCCUAGUCGUUAGCUGCCCUUUUGGACUGUGUUUUCGCGUAGCUUUAGCUUGUUAACCGCCUGGCCACAGAUAGUCUUGUGGCUGGCCGCAUGCACCGCAUGGUAUAUAUAUUGUCUACUCCCUAAUGGCUUUUUGAUUCCCACCCGCAAACCUAAUAAACGCCAUUCGUGGUUACCACACUA